AUGCCGUACAACGAAUCCCAUUUGUCCGGACGAUGGCCAGGAUACGAAGCUCCUCGACACGCACGACUCCAUCCUGGUAAGACCCCUUACGGGAAACAAUUUGCUAUGCAUAUGGCUCGGACCUCGGUACGGGAUAACCCGGUUAUUGGUGCGGGGUCACAUGGAUGUCUUACUCAGUUCCUCUAUUCUGAUACCAGUUCCUCUGACCUACCGUAG